AUGGAGACAAUUCUUAGAAGACUCAGAAGAUCCAGUCGGAAAAAAAAAAAAAUGGUAGAAGUUGACACAGUUGACGAGAGAGAUUGGGCCCAUGCGGAGACGCUCGACUUGGAAGGAGACCCAUUUAGCUACCCCGAUAAGACGAAAAAAAAAAGUGUUAGGAAGAACGAACAAGAAAAUGAAAAGCGAGAAAUCAGCUCGGACGACGCUUAUACAUACCAUGAUGACUUGGGGGAUGGCAACAGUCAGGCGAUGGGAAAAUAUCUCACCAGGUCCUUUUCACGAGCAAACGGAGACGUAACGAAUGGGAGCACCGACUUUGCGAACGAGUAUUACAUAAAGAAGAAGAGAAGCGAAAGACGUGGACACGCCGACGGGGGCGAGUAUGAACGUGAUGAAACACUCGAAUAUGAAAUCGGCCAAAAGAAGGGUGCCACUGGGCACGCGCACCUACAGUUUGAAAAAUAUGCGGGCGAAACGAAGGAGUUUUCAGAAGUCGAUGAGGAGGUGGAUUCCUAUCCUGAGGUGGACAUGGACGUCAUGCAUGAGGAGUUAUCCCAGGGGGACGUGCACGACGAGGAGGAGCAACAGGAUGAUGAUGAGUAUGUAGGGGAGGAGGAGGAAGAGUACGCUUAUGUUGAGGCGGAUAUGAAAGAGGAAUAUGCUGAAGAGGGGGUUGACGAAUAUGCAGAGGAAUAUGUAGACGAAGAAGCUUACGAGGAAUUCCCUGACGAAGUAGUCGAUGAAGUGGCUGACGAAGCGGUGGACGAUGUGGCUGACGAUGCAGCGGACGACGUGGAUGAUGAAGCGCCCGACGAAACGGAUGACGGGGAACUGCCUGACGUGGACGGAGGGACGAACUCCAUGCACCACCGCGAGAGGCGCAAGGGCUGCAUGAACCAAGUACAAGUCCGAGAGCAGAAAAAAAACAUGCCGGACGAACACGAAGGAACAAGCGUCGGAGACAGAAAAACAACAGACACCCUGGAAGAGUUAGAAGGGGACGAAGAAUACGUAGAGGAAAAUCUAGAAGUGUAUAACAAUAAGCAGAUAGAUGAACAGGUAGAAAUUGCACACGUCAAAGGAAAAGGCAGAUGUAUGUUUACAAGAAAAGACUUAGAAGCAGGGAGCAUUAUAUUUGUAGAGAAACCGUUGAUAAUUAUUACCCCCGAUUUGAAUGAAGAGUUAUGGACCUAUUUAAAUAAAUUAAACAAUGAGGAAAAUUUCGAGCUACCUCUAAAAUGGCAUUACGCUGCAUUAUGCACCAUUACGACACUUAACGAUAGUGACUUGAAGGCUUGUAUCGACAAAUGGAUUCCUGAACCGGACAGGGAUGCAGAUGCAGAUGUAUUCAACGUGCUAAAUAAGGUGUGCGAUAAAAAGGUCGCAAAAAAUGGAAAGGUGCAAUAUUUUUUUAUGAAGAAAAUGAUAGACCCAAAAAUAUACGACAGAAUCAUACAGGUGUGGCACUACAAUGCCUUUGGCCAUCACACGGACAACGAGGGACUGGUCCUGUACAACCGCAUUUCCAUGCUUGCCCACAGCUGCAACUCGACUGCCUGCUGGCACUACGGAAGCAAUGACAGUUUUGUCUUGCGCGCCAGAGUGAAGCUGGCGGUGGGCGAUGAGCUGACCAUAUCAUACCUCGGGGACGACGACUUGUACAAGUCUUCCAACAUAAGAAGAGAAAAGCUUACCAACUGGUUAUUCGUCUGCAUGUGCAGCAGAUGUACAAACCCGAUUGAUAAAUCAAGGGGGUUCAAAUGUUCCAUGUGCGGCGUAGGGACCUUCUUCAUCAAGAGCGAGUACGACGAUGAAAUUCCCAUCGUGACUAAGUGCAAUAUCUGCGAAUCGGAAGUAUCAGAAUCCAUGGCAUAUGAGUACAUCGAAUACGAGAAAAGUUACAUAGAGAGGUUACAAGACACAGACAAAACAGACCUUCCAGAUGCACUAGCAGUAUAUGUACAGGCAGAAAAAAUAUUUACACAACACUGGAUUAUGUACCAGUUAUACACAAUUCUGUUUGAGGGGUAUAGGGAUACAUGCAAAUGGGAGAAGGCUAUAUAUUAUCAGACGCAGAGAAUUAAAUAUGCCGUGGACGUCAUCCCAAGGGCAAAUUAUGUGCUGGCUUGGUUGUACGAAGAACUGGGGGAGGUUCAAGCGAACUCCAUAAGCACUGACAUUUUGCAGUCGGAAAGGGACUUCACCAUCUCGUAUGAGGAGAAGAAGCGAAUCUGCUCGCACUUCCUCAAGUCCAUCCACCUGCUGGAAAUCCUCUGCGGGUAUUCCCACGACUACCUGAAGGAUUCAUUAAACAAAUAUUAUCGCAUAGACAGUUUAACCAGCACGGAUGCUCCGCAAAUCGAGGAGUAG